AUGCUGAUGGAGGAAGCGAUGCAGCCGGCGGCGGAGGAGGGCCCCAGCGUGGCCAAGAUCUACAAGCAGCAGCGCAGCCCGUACAGCGUCCUCAAGACCUUUCCCAGCAGCAGGAGACCGGCGCUGAGCAAGCGUUACGAGCGACCCACCAUGGUGGAGAUCCCGCAGGUCAGGGCGGGCGUCGGGCACCACCAGCAGCAGCACCCCCACCACCACUUCCAGCCGCUGCCGGCCGCCUCCUCCUCGUCGUCCGCCGGCGAGCACCAACAGCCGCCUUACCAAACGCACGGCUCCUACCCCGGCGGUAGAGCCUCCUCGCAGGGCCAUCCCCCCCGGACUCCAGCUCCGCAGCUGGGACAUCAGGCGGCUCCGGCCGCUUCUUCCUCCUCUUCCUCCUUCUCGGCCAGGUACGGCCACAGCCACCAGGGGGCAGCAAGUAGCAGCAGCAGCGAGGGAAGCGGUAGUAGCACCGGCAGCCUGGAACUGAGCGCAGAGAGCCGUGUGAUUCUGGACGCCUUUGCCCAGCAGUGCAGCCGGGUGCUUAGUCUUUUAAACUGUGGUGGAAAACUUCUGGAGAACAGUCGCUCUCACACCUUGGCUUCCUGCGUGAAGCAGGAGGGCAUGAGCUUUAACGAGAGACCAGAACAGUGCCAGCUUGGGAAAAUGGUCCAUAGUCAGACGUCCGACAACCUAGACCUAGAGUUGCAGUACAUGCACAAGAAGCAGCAAACCUCUGCUUUUCUGAGGGUAUUUACUGAUUCUCUGCAAAACUAUUUGCUUUCUGGAAGCUUUCCUUCUCAGAACACUUCCUCCAUGAGCGAUUUUGGCCACCUGGCAGACGUAGAUCCACUCUCAACCUCUCCAGUGCACACUUUAGGUGGGUGGACCUCCCCAGCAACCUCCGAGUCCCAUGGUCACCCAUCAUCUUCUACCCUUCCAGAGGAGGAAGAGGAGGAAGAGGAAGGUUACUGUCCUCGAUGCCAAGAGCUAGAGCAAGAGGUCAUUUCAUUACAACAGGAAAAUGAAGAACUCCGAAGGAAGCUGGAGAGCAUCCCAGUGCCCUGCCAGACGGUUCUAGAUUACUUGAAGACUGUACUUCAGCACCAUAACCAGCUAAUGAUUCCGCAGCCAGUGGAGCAGCCGGCUGAGGGGAGCAAGCAGUUGCUGAACAACUACCCCGUGUACAUCACUAGCAAACAGUGGGACGAGGCUGUAAACUCCUCAAAGAAAGAUGGGCGGCGGCUCCUUCGCUACCUCAUUCGAUUCGUCUUCACAACCGAUGAGCUUAAGUACUCGUGCGGCCUUGGAAAAAGGAAAAGGUCAGUGCAGUCAGGAGACACUGGUCCUGAAAGACGUCCUCUGGAUCCAGUAAAAGUAACAUGUCUCAGAGAAUUCAUUAGGAUGCACUGCACGUCCAACCCAGAUUGGUGGAUGCCUUCUGAAGAACAGAUCAACAAGGUGUUCAGCGAUGCCGUGGGACAUGCUCGGCAAGGGCGUGCGGUGGGGACGUUCCUUCAUAACGGGAACUCGUACUAUGAAGGGAUUGACCAGCACAGCUCACAAGAUGAUCUUUUCAGUAGGGGUGUCCAUGAUGGGACUGGAGACUGA